AAUUGGAUUAGCAGUCUAUAUCGCUACUUUCCUUCAAAUGUCAUUUGGAUUGACUACUUAUUGGUCACAGCAAAAAAUUGAAUCUGUUAACGAAGGUCUUCUCAGAGUUGUUAAAAGGACUCAUCGUUACUUUGGCAUUCUUCUUGUGAUUACGGCAUGGUUCUCUCUAUAUUUGGGCAUAAACGUAUAUUGUCUUACAUACAGCGUAGAUAAGGUUCCCUGGCAUGCAGCUUUGGUUAGUUUUAUCGGUUUAAUUUGUUUAAUUUUCGCGUCGGGUCAACUCUGGAGAUCCAUGGGUGGAAAAUGUCGGUUUAAAGCCUGCACCGAAACUGAAGUAGAAGAAAAGACAAUUGAAGUGUUUUUUGAUGCCGCAAGACUUAAUAUGAUGCCUGACUUCACGUGGGAUCAAGUUAACGAGGGUGUGCAGAGAGGAGCGUUCUUGGUUGUUUGUGAUGGAUUUGUGGCAGAUAUUAGGAGAUGGAUUCAUUCACAUCCAGGUGGUGAGAAGAUAUUGCAUCGUGUUAUUGGCACGGAUAUAACUAAUG